CUUAUCCAAUCAGAGCGCUGGACUGAGAACUGCCCAAUCAGGCGCGCAGCCGGAGAGGAGGGGGCGGCAUCCGGGAUCUGGCGCGGCUUUUGCCUUUUGCUCCAGCGAGAGCUCGGUUAGGGUCUCCACCGCCGUGCUUUCACCCCUCAGGGAGGCGUCGGUGAUUCGGUCACAGCCUCAGCCUCCGUCGCUCUGUGACCUGCGGGUAUUGGAUGAUUCGUAGCUGAGACUCCGCUACACCCCUGAAGUGGGGAAAUGGAACUCUUAACAUUCAGGGAUGUGGCCAUAGAAUUCUCUCCAGAAGAGUGGAAAUGCCUGGACCCUGCCCAGCAGAAUUUGUAUAGAGAUGUGAUGUUGGAGAACUACAGGAACCUGGUCUCCCUGGGUGUUGCUAUCUCUAACCCAGACCUGGCCAUCUAUCUGGAGCAAAGAAAGGAGCCCUACAAAGUGAAGAUACAUGAGACAGUAGCCAAACACCCAGCUGUGUGUUCUCAUUUCACCCAAGACUUUUUGCCAGUGCAGGGGAUAGAAGAUUCGUUCCACAAACUUGUAUUAAGAAGAUAUGAGAAAUGUGGACAUGAGAAUUUACAAUUAAGAAAAACCUGUAAAAGGAAGGUGCAGAAAGGAGGUUAUAAUGAAUUUAAUCAAUGCUUGUCAACUAUUCAGAGCAAAAUAUUUCAGUGUAGUGCACAUGUCAAAGUAUUUAGUACAUUUUCAAAUUCAAACCAACGUAGGAUAAGACAUACUGGAGAGAAACACUUUAAAGAAUGUGGCAAGUCAUUUCAGAAGUUCUCAGACCUAACUCAACAUCAAGGAAUUCAUGCUGGAGAGAAACCCUACACAUGUGAAGAAUGUGGCAAAGACUUUAAAUGGUAUUUAAUCUUUAAUGAAUAUAAGAUAAUUCAUACUGGAGAGAAACCCUUCACAUGUGAAGAAUGUGGCAACAUCUUUACCACAUCCUCAAACUUUGCUAAACAUAAAGUUUAUACUGGAGAGAAAUCUUACAAAUAUGAAGAAUGUGGCAAAGCCUUUAAUAGGUCCUCAACCCUUACUAAGCAUAAGAGAAUUCAUGCUGAAGAGAAACCCUUCACAUGUGAAGAAUGUGGCAAAAUCAUUACCUCAUCCUCAAAUGUUGCCAAACAUAAGAAAAUUCAUACCGGAGAGAAACUCUACAAAUGUCAGGAAUGUGGCAAAGUCUUUAAUAGGUCCACAACUCUUACUAAACAUAACAGAAUUCAUACUGGAGAGAAACCCUACACAUGUGAAGAAUGUGGCAAAGCCUUUAGUAGGUCCUCAGUUCUGAAUGAACAUAAGAGAAUUCAUACUGGAGAGAAGCCCUACAAAUGUGAACAAUGUGGCAAAGCCUUUAGACAAUCCGCAACCCUUAAUAAACAUAAGAGUAUUCAUACUGGAGAGAAACCCUACACAUGUGAAGAAUGUGGAAAAGCCUUUAGUCGGUUCACAACCCUUAAUGAACAUAAGAGAAUUCAUACUGGAGAGAGGCCCCACAAAUGUGAAGAGUGUGGCAAAGCCUUUGGAUGGUCCACAGACCUGAAUAAACAUAAGAUAAUUCAUACUGGAGAGAAACGUUACAAAUGUGAAGAGUGUGGCAAAGCCUUUGGAUGGUCUGCAUACCUGAGUAAACAUAAGAAAAUUCAUACUGGAGAGAAACCUUAUAGAUGUGAAGAGUGUGGCAAAGCCUUUUUAUGUUCCAGAGCCCUGAAUAAACAUAAGACAAUUCAUACUGGAGAGAAACCUUACAAAUGUGAAGAGUGUGGCAAAGCCUUUGGAUGGUCCACAUACCUGAGUAAACAUAAGAAAAUUCAUACUGGAGAGAAACCUUAUAGAUGUGAAGAGUGUGGCAAAGCAUUUAGACGUUCCAGAGUCCUGAAUAAAUAUAAGACAAUUCAUACUGGAGAUAAAACCCCCAAAUGUAAAGGAUGUGGCAAAGCCUUUAAGCGGUCCUCAUACCUUAAUCAACAUAAUAAAAUUUAUACUGGAGAGAAACUCUAGAAAUAUGAAGAAUGUGGCAAAGCCUUUGGAUGAUCCACAAACCUGAAUGAACAUAAGAAAAUUUAUACUGGAAAUAAACUAUACAAAUGUGAAGAAUGUGGCAAAGCUUUUGGAUGGUCCACAACCCUGAAUGAAAAUAAAAUUCAUACUGGAGAAAAACCCUACAAAUGUAAAGAAUGUGGGAAAGCCUUCAAACAGUCCGCAUACCUGAAUCAACAUAAGAAAAUUGAUGCUGGAGAGCAACCCUACAAAUGUGAAGAAUGUGGCAAAGCUUUUAGAUGGUCCACAACCCUGAAUGAACAUAAGAAAAUUCAUAUGGGAGACGAAUCCUACAAAUGUAAAGAAUGUGGGAAAGCCUAUAAACGGUCCUCACCCAUAAAUAAACAUGAGAAAAUUCAUAAUGGAGAGAACACCUACAAAUGUAAGGAAUCUGGAGUCAUUACCUCAUCCUCAAAUUCUGCUAAACGUAAGAGAAUCCAUACUGGUGAGAAACCCUAUAAAUGUUUAGAAUGUCAUAAAACCUUUAAUAGCUCCAAAACCCUAAUUGAACAUAGGAUUCAUACUGGAGAGAAACCCUACACAUGUGAAGAAUGUUGCAAAGCCUUUAGACAGUCCGGAAACCUUUAUGUACAUAGGAGAAUUCAUACUGGAGAUAAACCAUACAAGUGUAAAGGAUGUGGAAAAGCCUUUAAGCUGUACUCCAGCAUUCUUAAACAUAAGAGAACUCGUACUGGAGGAAUGUCUUACCAAUAUGAAGAAUGUGGCAGUCUUUAAAUGUUCCUCAAUCUUUUCUAAUCAUAAGAUAAUUCAUAAUGGAGAGAAACUCCAGAAAUGUGAAAAAUAUGAGAAAGCUUUUAACCACGCCUCACUGUGUUCUAAACAUAAGAUAAAUGAUAUUAGUGAGAAGCCAUAUGAAAAAUUAAAAUGUGGCAAAGACUUCAAAUUCUUUUUUUUUUUUUUUUUUUUUUUUGAGACAGAGUCUUGCUCUCUCCCCCAGUCUGGAGUGCAGUGGCACGAUCUUGGCUCACUGCAAGCUCUGCCUCCUGGGUUCACUUCAUUCUCCUGCCUCAGCCUCCCGAGUAGCUGGGACUACAGGUGCUCGCCACCAUGCUAGGCUAAUUUUUUGUAUUUUCAGUAGAGACGGGGUACCACCACGUUAGCCAGGAUGGUCUUGAUCUCCUGACCUCGUGAUCCACCCAUCUCAGCCUCCCCAAGUGCUGGGAUUACAGGCGUGAGCUACCACGCCCGGCAGACUUCAAAUUCUCAUCACAUCUUACUGUAUGUAAUUACUACUGAAGAAAAGUAGAAAUACAAAAAAUGUGGCAAAACUUUUAAUCAAUGCUCAUAUCUUUUUGCAUGUGAUAGCAUUUAUACAUGAGAAUAAUUGCACAAAUAUAAAAAUAGAAAAGCCAUUAAUUUCUACUCACAUCUUACCAGAUAUCAGAAUUUAUGGUUAACAAAAGCAUUAUAAAUGUAAUUUCUGUUGAAAGACCUUUUAGAAAAUAUAGGCCAUUAAAGCGAAGAAGAGUAUUCUUAAGACAGACAAUACAAAUAUAAAGAGGGUGUAGUACCUGUACUUGUAUCCUGGAUCAUACUGUACACAUUUUGUACUAGCGGAAGACUCAGAAGCAGUUGCUCAAACUUUGUUCAACAUCAGAGAAUUUAUAUUGGAGCGAAAUACUACAAAUGUAAUAAAUGUGGAAAAACAUCUGUUCAAAAACUGCAGGUUAAGAAACACUAGAGAGUUUAUAUUAGAAGAGAAUUUGUAGAUGCAAUAAAUGUGGAGAAAUAUUUAGGCUAAAAUUAAGCCUAUGUAAACAUCAGAGGAUUUACUGGAGAAAGAACUAAGGAACUAACACCUUACAAGAAAUCUGAGUAUUAAGUGUAAAAAAAUCCAAAGUUCAACCUGUUAGAAACUUUCUUUGUUGGCCGGGCACAGUGGCUCACGCCUGUAAUCCCAGCACUUUGGGAGGCCGAGGCGGGCGGAUCACGAGGUCAGGAGAUCGAGACUAUCCUGGCUAACACGGUGAAACCCCAUCUCUACUAAAAAUACAAAAAAGUAGCUGGGCGUGGUGGCGGGCGCCUGUAGUCCCAGGUACUCGGGAGGCUGAGGCAGGAGAAUGGCUUGAACCUGGGAGGCGGAGCUUGCAGUGAGCCGAGAUCGCGCCACUGCACUCCAGCCUGGGCAACGCAGCAAGACUCCACCUCAAAAAAAAAAAAAGGUUCUGUGUAUAUAAGUUGAAAAGAAGUAGAUUUUUGAAGAGAUUUCGUUCAAAGUAUAUUUUUUUACUUGAAAAAAAGUAUAGAUUUUUUGAAAAGCAAAUAAUUCAAAUCCAAAAUUAUAGUAUUUCAGUUUUCUCAUUUAUGUGAAAGCAUGUGAUGAAUUAUUGCUGCACCAGAGAUAUGAGAAAUUCCAUUAGGUGGGCAGUAUUCAUGAACUUUUACAUGAAAGAGAAAAAACAGAAAUGAAAGACGCCUGAGGAAAAUCUAAGCAGAGAGGCUUUUUGUGGUUGACUUAGAGUGAUGCAUGAAGUAGGUGUUCAGAGUAACAUUUUGCAUUAUUGUGAGAAACAAUCUUAAUUUUAGUAGUAAAUUGUUUUACCAAUUGUACAUUUAUUUAAUAAUAAAAUGCUGUAAAUUUUAAAAUUGUCUUUUAAGAUCAUGUGUGAACUUAAUUUUUUUUUUUUUGAGACAGAGUCUCAAUCUAUUGCCCAGCCUGGAGUGCAGUGGCACAAUCUUGGCUCACUGCAACCUCCGCCUCCCAGGUUCAAGUGAUUCUCUUGCCUCAGCCUCCUGAGUAGCUGGGAUUACAGACGCACACCACCAGGCCUGGCCACAUGUUGUAUUUUUAGUAGAGACAGGGCUUCAGCAUAUUGACCAGGCUGGUCUUGAGCUCCUGACCUGGUGAUCUACCCGCCUCAGUUUCUCAAAGUGCUGGGAUUCCAUGCGUGAGCCAUCGUGCCUGGCCUUAAUUUUUUAAAUAAAAUUAUUAAUGUGUAGAAAUUAUUGUGCCUUGAAUGAUGUGUUAUGCCACCAACUUUCACCUAUUCCACCUUACUCAAGGGUGUAGGUAAGAGAUGCUAACAAUGUACUAUCUGAUAACAUAGCUGAAUGACAUUUCUAGUCUAUUUUUCCAAUGGCUUUAAACAGCAAGUAAACUGAAUAUUGUUCCCAUGUUGCAUUUUUAUUCUUAUUUAAAAUUUUUAAAAGUUUUUGUGGGCACAUAAGUGUAUGUAUAUAUUUAUGGUAUAUAUGGGUUAUUUUGAUACAGGCAUACAAUAUAUAAAUGACAGAGUAAAUGAGUUAUUCAUUGUCUUAAGCAUUUAUCUUUUUUUUUUCUUUUUCUUUUUUUUGGGACAGAGUUUCGCUCUUGUUGCCCAGGCCAGAGUGCAAUGGUGCGAUCUUGGCUCACUGCAACCUCCACCUCCCAGGUUCAAGCAAUUCUCCUAAAUCAGCCUCCUGAGUAGCUGGGAUCACAGGCAUGUGCCACCAUGCCUGGCUUUUUUUUUUUUUUUUUUUCCCCGAGACGGAGUCUCGCUGUCACCCAGGCUGGAGUGCAGUGGCGUGAUCUCGGCUCACUGCAGACUCCGCCCCCCAGGGUUCACACCAUUCUCCUGCCUCAGCCUCCCAAGUAGCUGGGACUACAGGCACCUGCCACCUCGCCCGGCUAAUUUUUUGUAUUUUUAGUAGAGAUGGGGUUUCACCGUGUUAGCCAGGAUGGUCUUGAUCUCCUGACCUCGUGAUCCGCCCGCCUCAGCCUCCCAAAGUGCUGGGAUUACAGGCGUGAGCCACUGCGCCUGGCAACCUGGCUAAUUUUGUAUUUUUAGUAGAGUUGGGGUUUCUCCAGCAUUUAUCUUUUAUAUUACCCACAAUCUAAUUAUACACUUCAAUUAUUUUUAAAUGUACAAUUUUUUCUACUACAGGUCAUUUUAUGAUUGUAAUAAGUAUAUCAGAGUAUAAUUAUAAUUCAUACAUUCCUGAGUCCUGAAUGGUUUUCAAAAAUGUUUCGUAUUUAUCUUUGGACAUGCAUCAUGUUCUCCUGUAAACAUACAGACUUAGUUUUAAUUUACAUGGAGUUAAAUAUAUAAAUGUUGUGCUCUAAAGAUAAACCUUGGGUGUAAGAAAAUUAUGAAGCAAGCAAUUGUGUUUGCAUGAGAGUUUGUACCUGUUUUCCGAAGAAAAUAGCAAUAUUGGAACAAAGAAGUUUCUAUUAAUACUGUGGAUAAUUUACUGGAAAUCUAGAAACCUAAAACAUUUUGAAUUAAAAUCUAUGUUUUCUUAUUUUUAUGUAAUUACUGUAAAAUCUAAUGGAUCAUUUUUGAGAAUUUCCCUGUAAAAAGUCUCUGUUUUAAUGUGGUGCUCAUGCUAGAGGUAUAAUUUUCUUGUUUCUCAUUCUUUUUUUUUAACUCCAUAAAGUAUGUGAGCUGGUCAGAAAUUACAAGAAUUUUUAAUAAAAGUUAGUGCACAGAAAAUACUUUUUAGAUGUAAUUGCACAAUGUGUAUAGUUAUAUUUUAUUGGAACAUUAAUUUUCCUUAUAUUUCUUUUUUUGUUUCUUGAGACAGAGUCUCACUCUGUCACCAGGCUGAAGUGCAAUGGCAUGAUCUUGGCUCAGCGCAACCUCCGCCUCUUGGGUUGAAGCGAUUCUCCUGCUCCAGCCUCCCAAGUAGGUGGGACUACAGGUGCACACCACCAUACCUAGCUAAUUUUUGUAGUUUUAGUAGAGACAGGGUUUCACCAUUUUUGCCAGGAUGGUCUUGAUCUCUUGACCUGGUGAUCCACCUACCUCGGCCUCCAAAAGUGCUGGGAUUACAGGCAUCCGCCACUGCACCUGGCCUCUGUUUUUAUUUUCUAAUUGUCUUUAGUUUUCUGAUGUCUUCAUUUGUUUAUCCCCAGCUAUGUAUGCUUCACUGCUCUUCUUUGUGUUAUGGCUACAGUUUCCUCACUGUUCUCUUCAUGCCAUGUAAUUUCACUUGGACUUUCUAGGCUCUGAUGAGAAGUUUGGAAUUUUUAAUGUAGUAUAUUGUUUUUAACUGGCGUGUUUGAGAUUAUAGCUUAUCAAUGCAACAUUCAGAUCAUGUAAUUGAGGUAAGACUAAUUCACUGUCCACAUGUAAGAGGAUUAAGUGAGCACUGUUUUUCUCUUUGUAAAAGAAAAAUUGUAUGAGAAUCUAACACAAAGUGUGUUAAAUGUAACAUACCUUAAUAUAUAUUAAAGCAUAAAUAUAAGUUGGUUGCAGAUUGUAAGCACCAUAUGAAGAAACACAUCAGAAGUUUGAAAUCUCUUAAAAUAUAUCUUUGAAAUAAAAUUUUUAAGACUUAAUGGUAGAUGAAGAAUUUUACAUAUAAUUUUCUAUGACAUAGCAAAACUUAUUUUUUAUGCAGAAUCUUCUAUUUUUGACUAAAUGUUAAGUGUUGCAAAAAUAAUAGAAUGAUCUGUGUAGAUUCAAAAUCUGCAGUGAUCUUUUUUUGUUGAGAUUCGUAUUGCAAUCUUGAGUUUGAGAUUUGUUUUGGUGGAUGCAGUUCAUGGGGUACAGUUUUUAUUUUUAGUCAUCUAACUUUAUCCAAGUUCUUGGUCACCUUCUCUAGAAAAAAUUAGGCGAUUAUGGCAGCUAUUGAAUUCAAGCAUUCAUUAAUUCCAUUAAUGUAAUUCAGCAUAUAUAAGGUCCUCAGCUAUUGUUUUCUUGAGAGAAACAAUUCAGCCCAAAGACAAUUAGUGAAGCAAGCAGAGAGUUCAUUAAAGGAAAAUAAAGAACACACCAAAGGAGGAGUGGAUUGGCUCAGCUGGAAACAGCCCUGAGAUUUACAUGUUGCAGUUUUUAUUAUUAUAGACUUAAAAAAAAUUCCCACCUCUGUCUUAAGUGUCUACCUUUGUCUUUGUGGAGUUUCCUGCUUCCUGGUAAAUCUCUUCUUUUAUCCUCACUGAGUUUCUUCCCAGGUCUAUGAGAUGCUUCCUUACUGUCGGCUGAUGUACAUGUGUGAGUUCCAGUGAUCAAUGAGUUUUGAUGGCAGAAUAGCUUAUUAACACUACCCUAGGAAAGUCAUAUAGCAGUCAAAUCUGUACUUACUACGCCUGCAUAUCUCUUGGGAAGUUUCCUUUUGCCCUUUCCCCCUUUUUGUCAGCAUAUAGCUAGCUACAUUCUGACAGUUUAAUCACAGUAUGAGCAAUUAUUGGGUGUCUUAAGGGGUGUUUCUGGGUAUUCUUUCUUCAUGGGUAUUUCCUGUCCACUCUGCUCAAAUUUAGCAUACAUAUCUUGGGUUGUCUUUGGAGCACGAGAUUUUUCUCCCCCAGGGGCUUUUUCCUGCUCAUGUCUAACUGCCUUCUCUAACGUUCCCUCCUCAAUAGAUUGAGACUCCAAAAAUCUUUGAGUCUGGGGCACUGUGGGUCUUCUGUAACUACUUCCUGGUAAUAUGAGAUAAAGAAUUCAUCAGUAUCUCAUUCUCUUGCUUUUUGUCAGAAAAAGAUUCCAUCCAUGUUCUCCCAGAAGGUUGAACUUGCAUUGUCCAGAGGAAAUGUGUAGGGACAUGGCUGUCCAGAUGGGGGGAAAAUAGGUCGAUAUUCCUGUUGCAGGACCAUUUGAAGUCUGAGAGUUUCUAGGUGAGAGGAAACGAACCUGGUUACUAGAUUUAGUGAGCAAGGCUCACAAAAGAGAGAAAGGAAGACAAAGGCUAGGGAUCCCCAAAAAGUGGGAUGUCAUGAGAAUUGGAACCAAGUGGCACCCCAAGAGAACUAGCUUUCAGUGGCAUGUUUCUGAUGGUGACAGGCCUGGUUUGUAAAACCUCUAACAUGGUCCUGGACUUUCCCUAAUCUGUUAACCCAGAAACAGCAUUUUUCUCCUAGCAUAAGGCAGAUUCUUUCCUGAGCUGCAGCAAGACCUCUACAAUUUCAAACUACAGCCACGAGAUAAUCAACUUGUUGCUGUCACUCUGUAAGAGUCUGAGCAGUAGUUUUUAUUUUGUGAGUCAGUUCCAGAGACAGGUUUUGGUAAGUUGAGGAGGCAAUAAUUAUGCCAGCUAUUCCUGUAGUGGCACCUGAGAUGCCAAACUCAGGAGAAAAAAAAAAAAAAAGAUAAACUGCUUAGUCGAUCUGGUGUGAGGUAGUAAAGGGUAACAGCAAGGAAGCAUCAACCGGGACAAUGGAAAUUUUAGGGGUGAAGGAAGCCAGAGUGCUUGUGCUCGUCAAGUUUCCAGAGAGGCAGAGAUAAGCCUGCAUUUCACACAGGAAGUAAAGUUCUGUAGUCGAUAAAAAUGGAUGCAGAAGGUGAGGUCAGUUCCAAACAUUGACCAGGGUCCUUGUUGGCUACCCGAUAUGUGAGAUCCUGCCACUAAAGUUGCUGCUGCCAGGGGAGCCAGACAUGGGUCCUAUUUUUUUUUUUUUUUAAACAUAGGCGUGUUUCUAGUAGUGUCAAAGAAAAGGAUUUUCUGAAAGAAAUUAAAGACUUGAAACCUUUUGCAUAAUUUACACUCGCUUGGUCAACACCAUGGGUUGGGUUGACUCCAAGAAGGGUGACUGACGCAGAACUCAGAGGCAUCAUUUUGGAUGAAUGGUCCAGGUGUUAAAACAUUUGGAGGGAGAAUAGAAAAUCUCAUUUGAUGUUGAGAAUAUUUAGUGAAACAAAAUUUUGAGAAAUAUCAAUAAUGGUGUUCGUUGUGUUGCAUUGUGCUGGGUCUAAAGCACCCACAAUGGAUCUGGAAUUUACAGUAGCACAGAUGCAUAGGAGUGCCUGGCCAAUGAGGGUAGCAGGGGAGAACAAGGGGCUUGAAUCAAUGGGGGUGGGUUUAAGAAAAUCUUUAAAAGCUGCUUUAGGUUGUAUUAAAAAUAUUAUGUUAGCAGAGGGAAGGUUUUUGUAUAGAGAGGUCCUGAUGAUAGGUGAAGCUAAGUUGGGCUUGAGAAGUUGCCCAUUCUUGUAUUGUGGCCAGUAGGCCAGUCCCACCCUGAAUGAAGAGGAAUUCAUGACUAGCUAACAGGUUGAGGCAUAGGAAGAAUUGGUAGAGUUUAGUAAUUGUGGAGUUGCCUGCAGAGUGCAACAACAACAACAAGAGUAUGAGUAAUGACCAGAGACCAUUAGGCUGCAUGGUUCAGAAUAGGGCCAAAUUGAGAUGCUUGUUAAGAGCAACUGUUAAUGCAAUGACUAUUAGAGAGAUCACUACUCAGAUUAUGGCUUUGAUGUUUAAAUGUAGGAGGGACAUAGGAAACUUCCCUGGAGAGGGUGUUGGUUUACAGUAACAAAGGUGUAUUAGUAAGUUUGCAAAGAGUAUUAUGACUUGCAAUAUAAACACCAAAGUAUUACUAACAUUGCUGAUGGACUAAAGCAGUCAAAAGUAAAAUAACUAAAUUAGGUUAAAAAAUUAGUAUUAGAUGGCUGGGCACGGUGGCUCAUGCCUGUAAUUCCAGCAGUUUGGGAGUCUGAGGUGGGCAGAUCAUGAGGUCAGGAGAUCGAGACCGUCCUUGCUAACACAGUGAAACCUGUCUCUACUAAAGAUAUAAAAAAUUAGCUGGGUGUGGUGGCAGGUGCCUGUAGUCCCAGCUACUCAGGAGGCUGAGGCAGGAGAGUAAUGUGAACCCGGGAGGCGGAGCUUGCAGUGAGCUGAGAUAGCGCCACUGUACUCCAAGCUGGGCGACAGAGCGAGACUCCGUCUCAAAAAAAAAACAAAAAAAAAAACAAAACUCUUAAUGGAACUCCUGGUGGUGGUGCACAAGUUAGGGUGAAAGUAAGAAUCAACAGUACCACUGCAAAUAAGAUUGCCAUUAUUGGGAUCACUCUACUUUGAGGUAAAAGGAGGGAGAGCAUUACUUGCCAUUAUUGGGAUCACUCUACUUUGAGGUAAAAGGAGGGAGAGCAUUACUUGCCAUUAUUGGGAUCACACUACUUUGAGGUAAAAGGAGGGAGAGCAUUACUUAUCUUCUCAUUUGGAGAGAAAUUUGUAAGUCCUCCUGUGGGUCACAGGAGUAGGUAAGUGUUGGUUCAAUCUUUGGUUCCUUAAUGUGUUUCCAGUUGUAUUCAAAAGUAAUGUGUCCAGCUAGAGAUGCCAGGAAACUUGAUAGCUAUUGGGGUGGAAAUUAUGAUAGUAACAUUGUUCUUUUGUGACGGGGUUAGUUGAGAUCUGAGAGAUCCAUCUCUCCAGACUUUAAUGAUGACUUGUUUUCCUGCCUGGUUAUAUGGGUUGUUAGGGGGGUUAGACUCAGAAUUGUCUGUCCAAACUCCUGGACGACCUCUUGAAAUUGAGUCAGGGAUUUUAUGUACUGGGUUAAUUUGGUAACCUCUGGGUAUAUUAGGUUUGCAUGUAGAAAGGGUCUCCAGUAUAGGACUUCAAAGAAACUAAGCCAUAGACGUAAUUUAAGGGCUGUUCUGAUCUGAAGAAGUGCCAUGGGUAGAAGUUUUAGCCAUGGUAAAGAGGCUUCCUGGCAUCAUUUGCUCAAGGUCCUUUUAAUAGCUUGAUUAGUCCUUUCUACCUUCCUGGAAGAUUGUGGCUUUCAGGAGGAGUGUGAAAAGUAUUUUAUCCCUAGGGCUUUUGCCACUGUUUGGGUAGUUUGUGAAAUAAAAUAUAGGCCAUUGUUACUUUGUGAAGACUGUGGAGGCUCAAAGAGAUAAUUUCUUUCAGAAUGAUCUUGACAACUACCUGAAUCUUUUCUAUUCUAGUAUGAGAGGCUUCAACCCAGGCAGUAAAGGCAUCUCCAAGGAUCAGGAGAUAUUUCUAGCCUCGAUAGGCUGGCAAUUAAUUAAAGUCUACCUACCAUUCUUCCCACUGGGUAGGUUUCUUGUUGCUGAACUGGCUGAAUUAAGGGGAGUGGCAUAGGACCUGGAGGAUUAUUAUAGACCCAGAUGGACAGGCUUUACAAACUUGUCAAAAAGAGGAGUUUUUUGUUUUUUUUUUUGGUUAUAGCUGAUGGAGAUGGCCUCUCCUAAAGAAACAAGAAUUAUGGAGUGCCCUUAUUGCUUUCUGCUGGAGAACCUGGGGGAAAUAAAGAACCUCUCCCAAUUUAUACAAUCUUUCAGGUCCUAGAGUAUAUUCACAUUUGAUACCCCAUUGCAGGGUGGGCAGGUUGUUAGGCAAAGUUGGGAUAAGGGCCAUAAGGAGUUCCCCGGAAAGGGUGGUGGCCGUUGCUGCUUGGCCAACCCUCCUGUUUCUCUAGGUAAUCUCAUCUUGGCAUUUCUGGUAGCCCCAGCAAUGAACUGCAGCUUUCUGUGGUAGGUGGAUAGCCUAGGGUAGGGUAAAAUAUCUGUGACCCAUAUUUAAUAGGGGUAUCCUUUGCUGUCAACAAUCCUUUCUUUCCAAAUGGUGGCAUAAUUGUGGAAUACUAAAAUGGCAUAUUUGGAAUCUGUAUAAAAAGUACCUAACUCCUUGGUUCUUUUCUAGUUCUAGGGCUCUGGUCAGGGCUAUGCACUCUGCUGAGCUGAGGUUCCCAGAGAUAAUUUAAAGUUUUAUAAACAAAUAGUUUAAAAGUAAGAUAAUUGCUAGUAUUAGGCAAAACUGAGAAAAAGGCACAAAGGAUACUAAUAUAGAGUGAAAUAAUUAACUCAAAAUUUGUAUCAAGAAAGUAAUAAAAUCAUAGUGUACUGCU